CGCUGCCCUUGGAUCCUCCGGCCUGCUUCGAACCGGACCCUCUCAUCUAAGGCAUUCGUCUCCUGCUCUUUGCUAACGCCCCGCGCACCACCUCCCAAGCCAAGCCUGUCUGUCCUCGGCCGAACCUUCUUCGCGAUACGUGCUUCCGUGUCCUGCCCAUGUCUGCACGGGCGUCCCUUCCCAAUCUCGUCGAAGAUUCCGUUCUAUCUCUAGCACCCAGAACUUUGUCUUUAGCUUUCCGUCAAAUUGAUUCCCCUCGAGGCCCAGCACGCAGUAGUCCCUCCAUCGUCAAUCUUCAGCUUCACCACGCCCCGCGGCGCACGCUGCACAGCCGGGCUCCUCCUCACCGUUCCGUGUGCGUGCGCACGCCUAUGCCCAUCGCUCUUCACCCACAGACGCGCGCCGUGCCGCACCCCGCCGCGCUUGCGUCCACCGAGUUUCAGCCUGCUCUGCCAAAAAUGUCAAUGUUGCUUCCCGGCCCGGCUGAUCUCCGCGCGUAUCGUCUCUCUUCCAUCGACUCUCGGCCAAGUUACCUGCACUUGGGAUCGGCACGGACGACGCUGACGCGCAUGUGUAUGUAAACUCGAGAGCGAAGAGCCGGAGCUCGCGAGCGUGGGUCUGCGUCCUUCGCGUUCUGCGGUGAGCUCCGGGUC